ACAAGCUUUUAUUCAUAAAUAUUUGUGGGAUAUUGAUGUGUGUAUGAGCAUGACCAUAUAUGCAGCAUGAAGCUGGCAUUUGGCGGUGUUUGUGGGUGUGAUGAUGGUGAUGAGUUAUAGCUGCAUGGCAAGGCCAAGGAGAGGCAUGAUCGGUGGAAUCUACAGGCAGGAACAAGGGCAUCAUGUCGCUGUUGAAGGAAGGAGGAGGAACACAGUUGAGAAAAAUAUAGACAACCACCACAACAUUCCUGGCAAAAAUACGAUGAUUGGGGUAACAAUUCUCCAGGUGGUGGUGAUAACGGCGAUGAUGGGGGUGGAUAAUAAUAUAUACAUGACAAUUAGUUAAUCGAUAUUUACUCUGAUGCUUUUGAACUUGCCUUCAAAAAAGAGUAGGUUCAAUACCUGGACUGGAUGGUUGGUUGUAAUGUAUCUCUUAGUACAAGCCUUGUAUGCAUAAGACCAGUAACUACUUGUCUACUGACAUAUGUUUUGCCGGAAAAUCCUGCACCGGAGCUUCCCUUGGUAUUUUACCAAUAAAGGGAGUUUCAACCAUGUACAUUUUGAGGCACUAUAGCUGGAGAAUGUUACUGGGAGCAAUAAUUUGCAUCCAUGGUCAGCAAGCUUUUAGCCACCAAGAAGAUAUAAAGCAAGAACUGCAUCCGCCAGCCGAACAAGCAAGGCCAAAGCCAAAUGCCGACCUAAGAAGGGCGCUUGCGGGUGAGUUUCUAGUUUCCCGACGGGUCGAUGGGGUGCAGGCAGAGAAGAGGAAUUAAAGAUACAAACAAAAAAAUGGUCCAUAUUGUAAAUUGUAAAAUAAUCCGAGUUCGAAAACACUAGGAAAGUGAAACUGGAAGCCGUAUAAUGGAUAGUUACACUCAGAUCAAAAGCUGUUCGAUCAACAGACGACGCAAAUUGAGCUGAUAAUAAUCCUUGAGCAAUUAUCUUUUUUACAAAAAGAUAUACAUGUAAUAAAUAUAUUUAUUUAACAAGUUCGUGGGUAUUAGGUUCUCACUACUCGGCUAGGCUUUAGGCUUUUGGGCUGGACGACAAUUCAAGUGAACUUUUUCUUA